AGCUCUGUUCCCGUAUAUCUGCUUCCCUUCAAUAUGGAAAUAUCGAGCCGAAAUGUUCUAAGAGGGGAUGUUCUGAGAUGACAAUAAAGUGUUUCAGCUGUCACAGACUAGUUGGUCCCAAGAAAAUUAAAUGCAUUAGAGGACAAUGGUCUCCAUUAAGGAGCGCGUGCAUCCCUAUUUUCUGCGAACGACCAAAGUCAGGAGCAAACACAAAAACUUCAAGUAAUAGCACAAAAUGUGGGACAGAAAUAAAGGUUGAAUGCGCUGCUGGGUAUGGUCCCUCGCAAACAUCUAAGAUGCUUUGUAAACCAUCGAAAAAAUGGAAGGGGCAACCAUUAACGUGUUCAAGAACCGGUGGCACUUGCAGUGACCUGACUAUACCUGACAAUGCCUUACUAGUAGCUGGUCGUCUUCGAAAAAAUAAAGAAGGGGACACUGUAACAUUCCAAUGUAAUAAGCAUUACAAAGCAUUUGGUAAAUUGAUAUUACUUUGUCUGCACGGUGGUCAAUGGAGUGGUCUACCAAUGACGUGUAAAUUUGGAGGUCGAUGCCAAGACAUUUCCUUAGGUGAUAAUACGGGUUUAGAAGUAAUAGAGGGCAAAACAAGUAACAACAUAUAUGACGAUCGAAUACGAUUCAGAUGUAGAAUUGGUUUAAUGUUGACUGGGCAUUCCGAGAUCAAGUGUAGAUGGGACCGUACGUGGACACAGGACACGCCUACUUGUAUAGAGCCGAACAACACACACUGCCCUGCUUUGAGUUCUCCCGAACAUGGUUUUGUUGCGGAGGGUAAGACGACGAACAAUAAAUUAGGUGACACAGUGACGUUCGCUUGCAAUAAGGGGUACACAUUGGACGGAACUGCUACAUUGACCUGUUUUAAAAGAUACAGCUUAGAUCUCCCUGGGAAUUUCACCGAUGGAUUAGUAUGGGAUAUUGCAAUGCCCGUGUGUAGAAUAUCAAAUACUGGUGACUGCCCUGACCUUGUCCUACCAAAAUACGGAGAUUUAAUUGGCGCCUCGCGACUCACAGGAAACGAAGUAGGUGAUCGUAUAAGUGGAAAGUGCAGAAAGCCGUAUUUAAAACACGGAGGACGGAUACUCGAAUGUCUACGCAAUGGUAUUUGGAGCAAACCUAUGUUUAGGUGCUAUGCAAGUAAUGUCACGUGUCCUGACGUCAUUCUUGAAAGAGAAAGCAUGCUGGUCGUACUUAGGGGAAAACUUGUCGGAAAUGGUUUCUAUGACCGAAUCAUAUUUGGCUGUAAACCUGGCUACAAAAUAAUUGAUAACUAUUAUUAUAUGGUCUGUAAUAAGACAGGAGGGUGGAGUCAACAAAUUCCAGUUUGCACCGAUUGCACAAAACCUUGUCCACCCGGGAAAAUUCUUGAUGAAAGGUGUACAACUUGUAUUUGUCCCUUUAUUAAUAUUUUUGUGUACAAUACAAAGAUGGUCCCUAUAGAUGGCGUUACUGUUUCUAGAGCAAAACAACUUGAAGAUGAAGAACUAGGGCAAACGAAAAAUGGUCUGAUCAAUAUUAAUGCGUGCCCAUCUGAUAAGUUGGUGUUUAAAAAGACCAAAUACGUGGAUACAAACAUCGUUGUCGAAAGUGAUAGAACUAAGCCGAUUAGUGUCAUAAUGGAAUCAAUGGAACCACCCGAAAUUGUCGAACAUCCACAAGAUGCUUAUGCUAUUGUUGGAGAUUCUGUUAAUUUCACAUGUCGUGCAAUUGGGAAACCCAAGCCCGAAACUUUCCUAUGGUGA